AUGCCACAUCUGCACAAGACGCGAGGAAACGUGGUCAACAUUUCCAGCAUCAACGGAAUUAUCUCCAACCCAAGACUGAGCAUGUACUCCGCCACCAAGCAAAUGGGCCGAGUUGGUGAGCCUAGAGAAAUAGGACUGGCCUGUAUGUUUCUCGCGACAGAUGCCACGUUUAGCACGGGCAUGGACCUCGUCUGUUCCGGUGGAGCUGAGCUCGGGUAUGGGGUCAAAUUGGACUGA